AUGAGAAGCCCCGUCGGCGUAGGCGGGGCGCAGUGCGUCACGCUGCGAUCACAGAGCCCCAAGGGACCUAAGACAGUGGAUUCCCCUGAACCGAGGUUUAUAGUCACGAAGGGUCCCGUAGAAGAACUCGACGAUCUUUGGAAGCAGAUUCAGGUGGCGCUGAAACAUUUCAGAGAUGUGGUAUCGAAACAAAAACUUGAGAUGCUCCCCGGAAACGGCACUAUAGUAUUAGACACAGUCUGGUUGAUUAACUUGGCAGUUAAGUCUUCCGUCGAAAGUACGAAUAGCGUAAAAUCGGCAACUCUACGAAUGUACCAAAGUGUAGCGAGGUUAAUUAAAUUAUGUGAUGAUGUCCUUAUCGACGACACGAGCUCGGAGUUAGAUAAAGAAAACGUCAACGAAAUCGUCCAGCAAGUCGAAGAUGCUGUUAAGGAUAUAAUAAAUUUGGUGCGAGAAAAGGUGUCUCAUCAACACGUGUCAUACAAAACUACCCCUAGAUCGUCUUAUUGCAAUAGUUUAGAAAUGCCAGCACAACGAAACUCACUUCCCGACAUUCCUUUGACUCCUAGAGAGAGGGAAAUUUUAGAUAAAAAAUCUCUAUCACAGAACAAGGUGCGGAAUAGUCAUAGUACGGAAUCUAUAUUAAGGGACCCCAGUCCGCCGCCAAAGCCACCUUUACCGGAAACCCUUCGUAAGUCUGAACCCAAUAACUGUACCACGCCUCCACCCCUCCCGCCAAAGAAAAAGCAUUUGAAGAUGCAGCAGCUCAUGGACGAAUGUAUGUUCGUUGAUCAUUCGCCUUCUUCUAAUAGUUUUGAAAGAAUAUCAUUGCGGUCUAAGUCUCCGGACGAUUCCAUUUCAAUUUUAUCGGAAAGCGCUGGAAGUAUAGACUCUAUGUUAAAUCAUUCGUCUCGAGACGAAGAUGAAAUCAAAGAUCUUAUGGACCGAGACGAAAUGUUUUUUGAAAAUCAUUCCUCGGACAUAUUUGGUGCUAAUGGUUCUAAUUCAUGGGAGGAAUCAUCUUUGAGUUCUAGUCUAUCCAAUCACAACAGUAACGGCGAUCAUCUUACAUCAGUCAACGAUUAUCAUCGGCUAUCCAACACGGACUCUGGCAUCGUCUCAAUACGAUCUUCUAGCUAUUCGAGAAGUUCUCAAAUGAGUUCGAGCAGCUCGCAGUAUACUCAGGUCUCAAAGCAGUCCAGUACGCAAAAUAAAAGUGUUAAAACCGAGACGACGGUGCAGAAAAGUAUGAAGAUUCAAGAGAGUCAGUUAAAGAGCAUGAGCCACACAGUGAGUACCAGUACCAGUAAUACUAUGUUAAGUAACAGCGCGAGUAGGGACGUUGUGGACUUCGCUGACGUAGAUAUACCACCGGCGUUGCCCCAGAAGACGAAGAAAAAGACUGAAAGGCAUCCGUCACCGUACGAUAACGUACCUGAGGAGAAAAUAGGUGAAUUGUUAAUAACCUGCGAGAGGCAUCAAUCCCACCAGAGUUUAUCCAGUUGUACGAGCAGUACAAAUAAUUGGGAUCAAGAUGCCAAACCUCCACCUUUACCUCCAAAGAAAAAACACAUAAUGGCCUACAUGGAAAUGUUCGGAAAUUGCUCCCACACCAACGAUCAGGAAUUCAUGAGGCAUUCGGUACACAUGGUCCAAUAUACGCAACCGAUGGUAGGAGGUUUACCGACGACUCAGUCGUGCACGUUCAGCCAAUCGCACGCGUCGAAUCGGACAUCACAUAGCCAUAUUCAGACGUUAAGUUUACCGCCUAGAUCUGAUGACAGGUCUCCCUCGCCACUUCAUUCACCAAACUCAAUCACUUCUACUUCAAAUACCUCAUCGCUGCCACCUGCGUUACCUCCAAAACAGCGACGUAGACAUUCGAACAGAUCACCACCCCCAACGCCGUCAUCGAUUUCGGAAUCCAAAAUUCCAUCAGUGGGUAUCAAAGUAUUACCAGAUCUUCUGGAACACACGACUAAGAGCGAGGAGAAAUCUUCAGAGAGCAGUACUCCUUCUUGUGAAGAGGAUCUGCUGGAGCUAUUAAAUGUGGAUCAGUAUUUGGUAUGGAAGAAGGAGGACGAAGAAGGUCCAGAUAUUAGGGGAGGACCGAUUGAUGCUCUUAUUAUACAAGCCACUAAAGCGACCAAAAAUGGAGUAUUCAUGUACCAAGAGGCAUUUCUAACUACCUACAGAACGUUCAUAUCACCCAACGACCUCAUAACCAAACUUAUCAGGAGAUAUAACAUUUUCUACUACCAACAGGAUAAGAAACCUCGAUCUAGGGAAGCUUUUGCUUUAAUCGUACGAGUUGUCAGCGAUCUUACGAGCCUCGAUCUAACCGAAGAUCUCCAACAGAAGCUGAUGAAUUUCGUACAACAAUUAAUAUCGUGCGGAGAAUUGACGUUAGCGAAAGCUUUGAGGGUGAAGCAUCUUCAAAGGCACGAAGCUAAACAGCAAUCCAUGAAGUACACCAAUAUCGUCACUUCGCUGUCGCUACACAACAGAAAUUCAGCUCUAUUGGAUUUUAAAUCUGAGCAGAUUGCGGAGCAAAUGACGCUGCUGGAUGCGGAAUUAUUCAUGAAGAUCGAAAUACCUGAAGUAUUAAUUUGGGCCCAAGAACAGAACGAAGAAAGGAGUCCGAAUCUUACGAGAUUUACGGAACAUUUUAACAAAAUGUCCUAUUGGGCACGAACAAAAAUAUUAACUGCCGAAGGAAAAGACACCAGAGAAAAAUAUUUUUCUAAGUUCAUCAAAAUCAUGAAGCACCUGCGGAAAAUAAACAAUUUCAAUUCAUAUCUGGCGCUUUUAUCCGCCUUGGAUUCUGCUCCCGUCAGAAGACUGGAGUGGCAGAAACAAGUCCAAGAAGGACUGAAGGAGUAUUGCGCUCUUAUCGACAGCUCUUCCAGUUUCCGGGCUUACAGAAUGGCCCUAGCCGAGACUCAACCCCCGUGUAUACCUUAUAUUGGUCUAGUUUUGCAAGAUUUGACCUUUGUCCACAUAGGAAACAGUAAUCUUUUGCCAGAUGGUUCGAUCAAUUUCUCAAAAAGGUGGCAGCAAUUUAAUAUUGUAGAAAAUAUGAAGAAAUUUAAGAAGGCAACGUACACAUUCAAAAAACAAGAAAAAAUCAUCACAUUUUUCCAAAACUUCGACGAUUUCAUCGGAGAAGACGCUAUGUGGAAGUUAUCAGAAACUAUUAAACCCCGUGGUAAGAAGACGCAUCACUGA